AUGCAAUGUGAGGUUAUGUUUAAUGCGCAUCCAAUGAUCUCUGCGAGCCUCCCCGGCGAGGCGCUGAUGCAGCUGGGGCAGCUUCAGCUGAGCCACCUGUACCCCCCGCCCAACAUGACGCCGGAGUUCCUCGCCCCUCCACCCCGACCCUACCCGCGAGCGAGAGCCCCCCAGCCCCCUCCUGCGUACCCGCUGCGCCCGAGACCAACGUCUGGUUUCGUGCCCCCGGCCCCUGCGCCCCAUUCGCCGCACUCACCACCAGUGUCGGCGCCGGCGCCUCAACCACCACUUAGAGAGGAGCCACCAAUGUCACCAGAGCGUGGUGCACCAGCUCCCUACUUUUGUCGAGGUGCUUUAAUCCGAUUGGAGGAUGGCUCUCUUCGGAGAGUCGAGGAGAUGAGGACAGAAGACUUCGUUAUGAGUGCUGAGAGGAGUGGAGAUCUCUCCUUAACACAGUGCACAUUGCUCAGAUUAGACGAGCGAGGAGACAGGCUAGCACUCACUCUGGCGUAUGAUAGAAAUCGUUCACAAGUGGAGUUAGAAUCGACGGUGGAACAUCCGUUCUUCGUGUACGGGCGCGGUUGGGCGUCCUGCAAACCAGAGCGUACAAUGGCGCGAUAUGGGCUUCGGGUACAGAGGCUUCAAGUCGGAGAUGUGUGUGUUUCCCUCGUGGCCCGCAAGCCAACCCCAACAGUCAGCAGCAUACCGCCGGCUCCACCCCAAACGUACCCAGAAAACCUCAGCGUUAAAGAAGACGCUCGCAAAAGACGGUGGUCGGCGUCUGAUGUCGUCGAUGACGGCCCUCCCAUGAAGAAACGCUGA